AUGGAAGAUCUCACUGACGAACAAUUUGAGCGUCUUCUCCAAGAUCUGGACACAAGUCCCGAUCUUGAAUUGCUUGAUUCUUUCUAUGAUCCAACGCUUCUUCCGCUAAGCGAUGGCGAUAUUUGCGGUCUUUUAUCCUUUCCUCCCCUGCCAGCUAUUGAGGAGGAGCCUUCUUAUGUUUCAGUGCCGGCCUUGAAUCCUCAAAAUUUGGAAGAAGAUGUUCCCGAUGAUUCAACCAUAUCAUCAGACACCAAGACUAACGAGGCGUUGGAGACGGCCACUGCGGCAAAACUCCUUGUCGAAGGACAAAAAGUGCAGCUUGAUGAAAUGCGGAGGGAUCUAGACUGGAAUCUCUCAGAAAGUAAAUCGCACUUCAUUCCUGAGAUCGAGCUACUAACUCAGAUUUUGUCAAGAAUUUUCGAAGAGAUUCAGGCCUAUCAACACAAAAGCCUCAACCCAUGGAUGACGCAAGUCGAAGGACUUCUACGUAAUCUUGCAGGCCGUUCGGAGGGAACUCCAACUUCCCCGACCGAAGACGAGUUGGAUUUUGGUACAGAUCGCCCCUGA